GUGAACGUGGGAACAAUUCAAAGUGAAAGCAUGUCAGCUGUUUUGCGUUGGUGGCAGGUCGUGACAUUUUGACGCCGUUAAGAAUAUUAAACUCAGUACACACUAUGGAUCAUGUGAUCAGCUGUUGAUGUUAUUGUUGUCUUGGAAUUUAUUGCCGGAAUACCAACACCAGAGACGCCCCUUAUCCUCUUCCAAAUGGCCACAAAACAAUUAACUUUAAGCGUACUAAAGCACAGUAGAGAGCUUUGGCAGGGAAAUGUAAGGAACCUUUUGGUAUCAAGAGUUUCGACGUCUGGAAAUUGGCGCCAUUUGUGUUCUAAACCGCAGCAGGAAUUGAGGCCAAAUGACACCAAUCUAUUGGAAUUCAAGGGUGAAUGGUCUGCGGCAAAUAAGGAUAAAUUUAUACGUGACAUGAGAGUUGUAGUGGAUUUCAUUACCGAAGACGAAGAAGCAAAACUGCUGGAAGAGAUUGAACCUUAUAUGAAACGUUUACGAUACGAAUAUGAUCAUUGGGAUGAUGCCAUUCACGGUUUUCGAGAAACCGAACGUAAACAUUGGUAUCCACACAAUCGUCAAGUACUGGAAAGAGUGCGUGUGAAAGGUUUCCAAGAAGAAAUCAUGCCGUAUGUGCACAUAUUAGAUUUAGCUGCCGAGGGUGUAAUUAAACCGCAUAUUGACAGUACAAGGUAUUGCGGCCACACAAUUGCCGGCAUUAGUUUGCUUUCGGAUUCUGUAAUGCGACUAGUGUAUGCCAUCAAUAAAACUGAAUCUGGUGCCUCGGAAGAUUAUCGCAGCCAACCAAAGGCCAUUUUAGAAAAUAAUUAUUAUGUUGAUAUUUUGCUACCACGUCGCUCCCUAUACAUUAUGAGCCAUUAUGCCCGCUACGAUUUUACCCAUGAAAUAUUGGCCAAUAAGGAGUCCAGUUUUAUGGGCCAACCAAUUAAAAAGGAUCGACGUAUAUCAAUUAUCUGUCGAAAUGAACCAUAACAGAGAACGGUUUGAGUGGCGCCAAAUUGGGAUUUGAAAACUCCCUGCUAUCCAGAAUUUUUAGUCUUAUCGAGUUGUUAUAUUAGUAUUAGCAUUUUUAAUUUGUUUAAAAUUAUACUUUUUUUGUAAAUAUAGUGCACCAAUUGUCUUUGGUUACAAUGAACUCCUAUUCUUUUCCAUCUCAUUCAUAAACCCAAAACUUACUCAUAUGUUUCACAGUUUUACAAAGAUCUGUAUGAAUUCGGAAAAGCACACUAUGACAACAUACCUACUGUCUGGCGAGUUUAUUUGCCCCAUUUCUUAUUGUUCUCCUUUUGAACUUGCCUCCCUCCAAUUAUGAAUUUUAUAGUUCAUCAUUGCUUUUCCUGUAGUUGUUAUUCAUAAUUUUGUAGUAAAAUAAGAACACAGAACGAAUUGCCAAUUCUAGCAAUUUUUUGCCAUUCUACGUUUUACGCCUAACAUAAAUUCACACAAAAGAGCUCCGCCAUUCCAUAUUAAACCCCAUUUUUUAAAUUCAUUUUUUUUUUAUUUAUUUCGACAUUUUCAGUUGUUUUUGAAAUACAUAUUCUGUUUUUUUUUGUACAAUUCUAAAAUAUUUACUAAUUUUUUAAGUUCAUUUUCUAAUAUUUGGUUUUAAUCUUCUUAACAAUUUUCUUCAAUAUUUGGUUAUAUAGGUUAAUUUUUUUGGUUUCUGUUUUUGCAAUUUCUUGCUUUUGCCUAAUUAAACAAUUUUCUUGGUAUUUUGUUACUAAACUAAAAAAUAUUAAAUUAAUUAUAUUAAUACAACGUUUCUUUUGCGCUAUUUUAGUAAAAUGUUUAAUUUUGUUUUUUUUUGGUUUUUUUUUUAUUGGUGAAUUAGUUUUUUCUAUGGUUUUAUUUUGAAGAG